AUGACGUCCGUGCUACAUCAAGCAGGGCUCGAUUUUUACACUGGCGGAUACGGCCUUUUGGAUGCCGUUGACUUUUCCAAUAACUCGCAGACCUUCGCUAUGGGCAACUACCUGUUGUACUUUCUUCUGAACGAAGACAAUCUCCAGACGAACUGCUCUGUCUACUCCUUGACUCUGGGAUCCCUACGAUACGAAGAGUACUUUACCGGCCGCUGGCUGGAGAACAUCACGCUGGACUUUCUACCGGCUUACUAUGUCACCAACUGCUCCAUUACCAAUCUUCAGCGGGAACUAUCACAUCUCCUGUUCAACGAAAGCGACGUCGAGCGCUGGCUAGACGACUACAACAAUAAUCCUUAUAAUGUUUCCGAUAACGGCGACUCCUUUGUUGCGUUCUUGUUCAUGAUCCUGGGCCUGUGCGUGCUGUGCUGGAUGCUCAUAUUGCUCUUCCUUCUUUCGCCCAACCACAAGCGCAAGCCCAUCAUGACGCAAAUUGCCACGGGCGUCUACUCGAUAGUGUUAACCAUUCUUUUGGCCCAGGUGACCCAAGCGGCCCGCAAGCAGUACUACGAAGACUCCCUCGAUAUGAUCCACAUUCUCCUGCUCGUCAACGACAGGCGAAAAUACCCCAUCGCCUUAAUCAUUUCACAGUUCCUUACGUGCUUGGCUUUCUUCCAGCUCGUGGUGAAAAUGACGAAGCAGCGAUACAAGUUCUACAACGGCCUCAUUGGUGCGUGCUUGAUCCUAAUGUACAUAAUAGUCGACGCAGUCGAUUUGGGAAUGGCAAAGAGCUAUUUUGACCGAAUGGCUCACAAACAAAAUGAAUUCAGAGCCAUUUUCACCGUCGUUCUCAAGGUCUUGUUCAUAUUCUGGAUCAGCGUAACUUUGGGCUAUCACACGUUCCGCGGCACAGCUUCCAGUCCGAGACAGGUUUCCUACUCCAGAAGGCUUCUCCCAUUGGCGAUCUUCACCUGGUUCAUGGUUGGCCUCCAUGUCAUCAUCACCAUUUUGAUCGCCAGCUUGUGGGAGAACAAAUGGCUCGUGACUUCGUGGAUCACCUUCUUGCCAUACUUGCUUGAGAUGUAUAUUCUCACCACCGCCUGGGAAUGGUUCUAUUCUAUUCGUGACUUGGAGCUGCGCUUGGAACUUAUUGGCAUGCUUGGAAGGAAGAUAUCCCUCGAUGAUGUCAUGACUUUCAGCAACUCAUACUUCUCCAAGCCCACCACUUUCAUUAGUACCCUUACAUGGCUUUGGAACAUGAUAACAUGUAAGGCAACUCCCGUGUCUGACGAAUCAAAGGAAGUUGCCACGAGCAUGCUCAGUGAAACCUCAUCCACUGCUGUCAACCGUACCCCUUCAGUGACUCAAAAUAACUCCCGGGAUGCAGAGUUAGAUCUUGGAGAGGCUAACAUUGGUGAGGCUAGGGACGCUUUGUACUUUGACAAUGUCGGAGACGAGCGUGACUCAGUGAAUGAUGACACACAUCACGAUGACAGUGACGAUUAUGGUGAUGGAGGCUACGAGGUACAAUAUAUUGAUGAUGACGAAGCUUGGGAACGGGCAGGCGGUGAUGGACCCGCCCACCAUACCAACACAAACGAUAUCCUAGGGGAGCCACAAGAAGGGUCCUCUAGGUCCCGCCAGAAUGUCGCUGAUGACAUACUAGGCACACAGUAUAACGACACUAACGACACUAACGAUUUUAAUGAUCUGGAUGACGACAAUGCGCUACCACCGUUCCAACCUUUGCCUGGUUUCAGUCGAGAUGACUAUUGGGAUGACAAGUGA